UUAAAAUCGAUGCAGAUGGCGCCCUUUCCCAAUGCGGAAAGUCGGUAUCGCCAAAAACGCCGUGUUGGCCGCUCUCAGCUUCCUCUCUGCAGUACGCGCACUAUAAUCUUCUUACUCAACGUUCGAUCGAGUAGGUGGCAGCGGCAGCGUGUGUGUCCAUUUAUUCAGGGUGCAGAACAACCGGGCCAGUCAUCGCUUAUCCUGAAAGUCGACCCGCCUGAGGACUCCUCGAGAAGCUCCGCCGAAAAUUCGGGGUACAGUAAUUCCACCACGUCAACCGAACGAGAUAAACUAGAAGGUCAAAUGAUCAAAGAGCCAAGUGAUCAAGAAUCAAUGCCUGUAGCUGUUAACUCUUCUAAUAAAAUAAAUUGUGUGCUAGCUGCUUCAAAAUUUGGAAACUCAUUUGGAACGAAUGAAUUCUCAAAUACUGUAAUUAGUAAAUCAAAGUCAUCUAUAUUAAGGCCGUCGCAAUUAAGCUCAGUUACCAAUAGUUCUUUAGGUGCUAAUGACAAGACCGUUCUGCAACCUUCAAAAUUUAACAAUCCAUUCGCAAAAGUCACUGACAGUUCUGUAGAAGAAGAUACGUCCGCAACGCAAAGCAAUAGAAUCGAAGCGAGCAAAGAUACUAAGGACGAAGAGAAGCCCGUGGACGAGGCGAAACCAAAGUUUUUGCCUCUGGAUAUAAGCACGAAAGAGAACGAGAACAAUGUAAAUAGCACUAUGGCACCCAGUGCCUCCACUCCUAGCUUUGUGUUUGGUCAAAAUUUAAAGGAACGUGUCACUGUUUCGACUGAUACAGAAAGUUCGGACAAUUCGGAGAAGGAAGAAGCGAAGAGUGAUACGAAAGAAGAGACCAACGAGAACGGAUCGUCCGAACUUUUAUUCUCAAACGCAGCUGCGGUCUGCCGUACCACCGUCAGGCCAGGUUUAACCUUAACCCAGGCGGCGCAAGCACUGGAAGAAGCUAAUCGCGCUAACAAGAGAAAAUAUAAUCAAGUGACACUCUUGACUGGUGAGGAAGGGGAAACGAACGUCCUACAAAUCAAUUGCAAAUUAUUCGCAUUCGAUAAGACCACUUGCAGUUGGCUGGAGAGAGGUAGAGGUACGUUGCGAUUGAACGACCUAGAGGAGGAGUCUCGUUUGGUCGGCCGUACCGCCGGUACACAACGAGUGAUCCUGAACACAAAAAUAUGGCCGGGCAUGACCGCGGAGCGGGCCGGCCCCAAGUCUUUGAGGCUUACUGCGAUGGAGAUGGGCGACGUGCGAAUCGUCAUUGUUCAGGCAGCGCCCAAGGAGAUCGAUCAGCUGCAUAUUCUCCUGUUGCAACGGCUGAAGCGUGCCCAGGAGCGCCCGACGACGAAGAGGCUGGCGACAGAACACUGACGACCGAUCGGGAACUUUGGCGACCGGGCGUUGGUCUGUCAGCUUAAUUCAUGUAACAUAGAGGUCACUAACACGUGAGAAGAGCUAAAAAUCCUUCGGAGUAUAAGGCCCUAUCUAGUACGUGCGCAAUAGAAUGGCUAUGAUUUGUGCCUUCCCUCAGAAGUCGCAGUCUCAUCUCCACUCAUACCACCUUCCUCCAGCAGUUGGCAUCAGUAUUCAUCGAGGAGCCUGAUGAGGAAAACUAAGUCGUCGCGGCACUUGUACUAAGUUGGAUUCUUAUAAUUAUUAUUUUUUCUUCACAUACAUACAUAUAUAUAUAUAUAUAUGUAUGUGUGUUGUAUGUAUCUUUCUUUUUUAAUUAUUUCUCAUUAUUUGCUUUUCUUUCUAUCUUUCUCUCUCGCUCUUUUUCUCCGAGAACCGAAAGCCUGUCUACGAUCAUUCCCAAUUGACGUUCUUUUAUUUGAAAUUCACGAUGUUUCUUACAAACGAAGGUGCGUUCGUAUGCGUGCGUGUGUGUAUGUGGUGUGUGUAUGUGGUGUGUAUUGACGGGAGCUAGGUAGCGAUUUUUAAGAGGUAGCAUAAUAAUUAUCAAUUACACAUAAGUCACAGAGGAAGAAUUAUAAAGUAACUAGUACU